AGGUUGGAUUGGUGGCGGAUUUCGAAGCACGCGGGACUGUUUACUAACGUAGUCGCGCAGACUGAUCUUGUGCUGGUUGUAUCAUCAGCCAACAUUCUUGUUUGAAUGGUUAGCGUAAAACACUUCUAAUAGCCUCUGGCCCCAGUGGCGAAACUAAUGAACAGGGGAGACAAAGUUAGAGAGCCGAAUACACGUGAACUUUGAGGUCAGCAGUAGGUCAUCCUUAGUCCUUGAUGAAAAAUUUUAACAUUUCAGCAUGACUUUCAAAAGUCGUUUAGUGUUAGUGUUCAGCCUACUGUUCUCCAUAGUCAUUUUUGGCCAAAAGCUCCAACAGCAUUUCCGUGUGGAACCCCACAACCAAGAGGUGAUUGAAGGACAGGAAGCUGAACUUCGAUGUGAGGUAGAACAACAGGCUGGUGCUGUACAGUGGAGUAAAGAUGGCUUCGUGUUGGGAUUUGACCGAGCUAUUCCUGGCUAUGUUCGAUAUUCCAUGAUCGGUAAUCCAAACCAAGGAGUCCAUAACCUACUUAUCAAAAAUGCUCGGUUGGAAGAUGACGGAGAAUAUCAGUGUCAGGUUGGACCAACUCCAGACAAUCAUGCCAUCCGUGCAAAUGCCCGACUGAAUGUAUUGGUACCGCCUACUUCGGUAGUCAUUAGCGAUUACGAAAAUGGAAGUGUAGUAGAAAUCCAUCAACUUCAAUCUCUGAGCCUAACCUGUACAGUGAUUGGUGGAAAACCAGCAGCUCAUAUUAAGUGGUUCCGGAAGAACGUGGAGCUCAGACCAGAUAACGUUGAGACUAAGACGAAAGAGGAAAAAAAACAGAAGUUCAACACUGUAAGUACAAUCACCUUAACUCCUAACCCAGACGACAACGGCGCCAUCUAUACGUGCCAAGCAGUUCAUCAUGCAUUGGUCAAACCGCUGAGAUCCUCUGUAAUAUUGAGUGUUUUGUUUCCUCCCGGUCCUCCAGCAAUUGAUGGGUUUCAAGCAGGUCAGGCGGUUCGCUCAGGUGACACUAUAACCCUGUCGUGUGUAUCCCGAGGUGGCAACCCCUUAGCUCAACUUGUCUGGUUUAAGAACAACCAACAGGUUGAUUUUUCUUAUACGACAAGUGGGCGAAAAUCAACCAACAAACAUACAUUUGUCGUUGACACUUCUGAUAACAAUGCCAUCUAUCGGUGUGAGGCAUCAAACAUAAUUAGCCCUCAGCCUAUGAAUGCUGUUGUCAAACUAUCAGUUCUAUUCGCUUCUUCUGAAGUUAAAGUUUCAGGGCCGAAAGAAGCUAAACCAGGAGAAGCCGUCACUUUGUCUUGUGCAACAAGUCGAAGUAACCCAGCAGCUGAGAUUAACUGGUUAGUUGACGGACAGCAUUUAAAGGGAACGAACACAAUUUCAGCUGACCCUAACGGCGGAUGGACAACCAAGUCUAACGUUACUGUCAUCAUAGAACUCCAGGAACGACAUUCAAGAAUUUUCCAAUGUUUCGCAGUAAAUAAAGAACUAGGAGAGACUAAAGUGGAAUCGCAUGUACUAAGCAUUCUUUAUCCCCCCGAUCCUCCUACCAUCCUUGGCUUCACUAAGGGGAGAUCGAUAAGAGCUGGGGAGACGCAGAAAGUAACGUGUGCUUCCACUGGUGGAAACCCUCUUCCUGCUUUGAAAUGGUUUAGGGAAGAUGAAGAGGUAAAAUCAGUCAGCACUACUAGCGGCAAUGUCGUCAGUAGUGAGGUUACCAUAGAAACCAAAGAGAGAGACAACGGUGUAGAAUAUCGCUGUGAGGCUAGCAACUCUGCUUCAACCAAACCCCUCAUCUCUGAGAUCAAAUUGACUGUUCACUUUCCACCAUCUGGUGUGACCAUAAAGGUGAAACCUCCUAAGCAAAAAGCUGGUGGAAAGGUGAAUCUUAUUUGCGAAUCAGCCAGUAGUAACCCCGCUUCCCUGAUCACUUGGUGGCGCAAUGGUUUCCUCCUUCAAGGCUCACCAAGUGGCAUUUUUGACGCGCCUCACGGUGGAAAAUCUACAAGGAAUCUACUGCAAUUAAACGUGACAUCGGAAGACGACGGCUCUCGUUACACCUGUCAAGCAAUGAAUGAAGUUUUAGAAAGGAGCGUGCAUAGCACAGUUACUCUGAACAUAACCUAUAAGCCAGAAUUCUAUAAACUUCAAAAGGAAAUCUAUGAUAUCGUGGAAGGAAAUUCAACAUUCAUUAACUUGACCGCCAGAGGGAAUCCUAAUUUCAUCACCUACAAUUGGGUGAAAGAUGGAAAGCCUGUAGUCGACAUUCAAGUGGACAGAGAAUUAAACAACUUCAAAUGCUCUGGUGUUUGUUCACAAGGUCCAAUUCUUAGAAUCACCAAUGUAACGAGAACUAAUUCUGGCAGAUAUAAGUGUGAGGCCACCAAUGAAGAGGGAACAUCAGAAACAACUAUCAUUCUUAACGUUCUAUAUCCGGCGACCAUAUCCAAAGUGACCCAAGUAACUAUGGUCGAACAAAGUACCAACGCUUACUUAGAAUGCGUGGCUGGUGCCAACCCGCUUACUGAUAACAUGAUAUUCUGGCGUCGACUUGACUUUGAUAUGAACCGGACAAAGCAUUAUUUGGAAAACGGCCAUUCCUUUUUAACGAUCUACAAUGUGUCUCAAGAAGAUUCGGGAGCUUUUCAAUGCGUAGCAGAUAAUGGUAUUGGACCUAAACAUCUGAAGGAAUCCUACCUGGUAGUGAAACACAAGCCCAUAAUUGACAAGUCAUCGCCUCUGUUAAAAGCUGCCAGUGAGAAAGGUGAAACUGCGAAACUAAUUUGUAGAGGUAAUGGUGCACCAAAUAUCACUUUCACGUGGUCGCACGAGGGUGCCACUGUUAGUGGUAGCAUCAGACCUGUGAAAUACUUUACUGGAGUAUCCAAGCUUGAUCUUAUCACGUGGGAGAGCAUUCUUUAUGUGAAAGAUGUUAAGAAUCACGAUUACGGUGUUUAUGAAUGCGUUGCCAGGAAUGACCUAGGAUUCGAUAGCGUAAAGAUUACUCUAAACUCAACAAGUCAGCCGGACCCACCUAUCGGUAUGAAGGUCUUGAAUGUCGAUCAUAACACUGCGAUGUUGAAGUGGAAUCCUGGAUUUGAUGGAGGACUCCCGCAAGCUUACAGAAUUCGUUACAAAGAAAAUGGCUACGAGGCCUACCAGUAUGCCGAUGUACACCCUCCUAAUGCUACAGUAUAUAAUCUAACAGGAUUAGGUGUAGGUAUGGACUAUACUCUCAGCAUACAAGCAUUCAAUGAAAUGGGAGCUAGUGAGUUUACAACCGACAUCGUAAAAGUCAAGACAUCAAGUGAAGUUCCCGAUGCAGAAACGGAGAGAGCCAUAACAAAAGUACUUUCUGAGAAAGGAGAGCUUCCUCGGAUAAUCAUCGUCUCUGUAUCAAUUGUAGGAACGUUCUUGCUUGCUCUCAACGUAGUACUUGUUAUCUGUUUCGUUCGACGAAGGCGAAAAAAAAGACUAGAAGAAGUAUUGCGGAGACUGGCCACAUUUUGUCAGAAAGAAAGCGACCAGACCAGCAGUAAGGCUGCCACAAUCGAGAUGUAUGCUCCAAGUAGCUACAAUGACACAGUGAAUGGAGAAACCAUGAGUUCCACGUCUGAGAAAAGUGAGGGUUACUCCGAUGGACCGAGCACUGGGGAAUAUUCAGAAGAGCCUGUCAAACCCGUUCUUGCCAAGUACUUGCUUGAUCAGGAUAGAGAUUCCUACAUUCCUGACGGAACAAGUCCUCAUAGCUCACCUUAUGGUAGAUACCCACCAGAAGGCUCGAUACAAUCCUCUCUAGAUACACAACCAGAAUUAUCUCAUAGACAUCUGUAUGAGACUGAAGAAGAGUUUUAUGUUGAUGCACUGAGAAGAAACGCUUUUAACCAAAAACUGGGUGAAAAGGUUAGUUACGGAAGAAUUGAGUACAACUCACCCCCUCUCCCACCAAGUAGAACAGCAGCCAGUGGGGGAGAAAUAUACAACGUCACAGCUGACGCUCGCUACGUCCCUUUCACUGUCUCAAGGACUGCUAAUAACAUGCCAGUUUUGAGCACCUUUAACCCUAAUGUUCCAGGACCUAGCCCGGGCGUCUACCGGGAUCAGAUUCCAGAUGGAAUUACAAUUGAGGAAGAGAUGCCUGGUCACUUAGUGUGAUAAUUAGUCUUUGGAAACUGUGACUAAAUACAAGUAACUUCGUUGGUCAUUUUCCAUUGUCCACCAUUAAUCUACUAGUAAACAACAGUGUCCGUGAAAGACGUAAGGAAGAUUUAACGGCCAAGCUCAAAUUUCUCUGAGUGUCACAGAUUUAAUGCUGAGUUUAAAAUAAUCAAAGAGUUAAAUUAUUGAUUAUUGCAACCAUUUUCGAUCAUAGAAUCUUACAUCACCGAUAUUACACGUGAAAGAAAGAUUUAUAUGAACAUACUUCAAUCAUGAAAUGUCUUCAUUUUUUAAAAUAGAUAUUCCUUCACCUUGGUUUUCCCUUUUCUAUCUCCAGUACAAGUUCUUGUUAUCUCAGUGUGUGUGUGUGUGUGUGCUUACGUUACAAUAUUUUAACAAAAUAUCAAGAUAGGUAAACGUCAUUUGACUAGAGCACCGGCCCUACUGAGUGUAAUCUAUCUAAAAAUGACGGUGAACCGGAAGAAGAAAUCAGCUCAGUGGAUGGUCGUGCUUCUGGCCAUAGGAGUGUGAUGAAUGUGCCUUACUUAGAAGCACUGAGACUAAACUCUGAAGCACGUUCGAAGAGUUAAAUAACUGGCAGUUGUAACACUUAUUUUCGUGUCACGUUUGGUACUUUACAGACAAUCUUGAAAGGAUUUCAAAUACGAUAUUUUCUUUGUUUGAUGAUUAGAAUAUAUUUUACUUUUUUUAUGAGGAAACAUAGGUAUAUUACAUAACUCUUUUUGUUUUUCUGUGAAAGUCCUUUCUGUACUUUAAUUAUGCGAACAAGGGAAUUAUACAAAAUAAAUAAGUUAUUACCUUAACGAUGAAACACAAUGUCAACCAAUUACCUGAAUUACUGGCUUGUACUACCAUGGAGAAAAAAAAUGUUGGCGUUUCUAUGUUGUUGAAAUAAGAAUAUUAAUGCCUGUGUGGAUUGUACAUAGAUUUACCAGUUCUAAAUGAUGACAAUUAAAUCUGUUCAGUAACAGUACAUGAAUAUAUAUAUAUCUAGUCAGUCUGUUUACCAAAGGCAGUUUACUUAGUUUAAUAAACAGCGAUUUUAAUGUUUAGUUUGUUUGCUUUGUCGAGAACAUAAUGAUCUUUCUCGUUUAAGCAAAAAUGUAUAUACAGUUAAAGAAAACAAGCCAAACUAUCGUGGUUCAAAGUGACGAAAUCCAGCUCCUGUCAGAGCCAAACUAAUAUUAAAUAAUUACAAUUUUAUCACAUUAAUUGAUCAUAAAUUUAUGUCAUUGUUGUAACAUAAUACUCUGCUAUUUCAUUGUUG